GUCCUCCUGGAUUUUAGGGUUUAUCAGUGGAAUGGGGACACCGCUGGAGGGGAGCGUGCGCAAUGUCCUGGAUCAAGAGCAGCUCAAAUGGAUCUUCGUCGGUGGUAAGGGCGGCGUCGGCAAGACGACGUGUAGCUCCAUGCUCGCGAUCCUGCUCGCCGAAAUCCGGCCCUCGGUGUUGAUCAUCUCCACGGAUCCGGCGCACAACCUCAGCGAUGCGUUCCAGCAGAAAUUUACGCGCACGCCAACGCUCGUCGAUGGCUUCUCCAAUCUCUUCGCAAUGGAAGUGGAUCCCAGCAUGGAAGGCGACGAGUUGGAUGCUUUCGAGGGAAUGGGAGGAUUUCUUUCGGAACUUACGAAUGCCAUCCCCGGCAUUGACGAAGCAGUGAGCUUUGCUGAGAUGCUAAAGCUUGUCAAAACCAUGGACUAUUCGGUGAUUGUUUUCGACACAGCUCCCACAGGACACACACUACGAUUACUCCAGUUUCCUUCGACGCUAGAGAAGUGCUUGGGAAAAAUGAUGAGCCUAAAGAACAAGUUUGGUGGCAUGAUCAGUCAGGUUUCGCGUCUAUUUGGUCUGGGUGACGAGUUUCGAGAAGAUGCUAUCAUGGGAAAACUCGAGGCCAUGAAGAGCGUGAUUGAGCAAGUGAACGAACAGUUCCGCGACCCGGAUUUGACAACCUUCUUAUGCGUUUGCAUCCCAGAGUUUUUGUCACUGUACGAGACCGAGAGAUUAGUCCAGGAGCUCGCGAGGUUUGAGAUUGACACUCACAACAUCAUCAUAAACCAAGUUCUGUUUCCAGAAGAAGCCUCCGACUCGAAGCUCUUGAAAGCGAGGUUGAAAAUGCAGCAAAAGUAUCUGGACCAGUUUUACGAGCUCUACGAGGAUUUCAACUUGACACUCUUGCCGCUGCUACCGGAGGAGGUUCGCGGUGUCACUGCCCUCAAGAAAUUCGCUGCGAAUUUAAUGACACCAUACAAGCCAGCGGCGGCAUCAGCGUCGGAGUUACAAGACGAAUCAAUCGAAGCGGCCACUUUGAGACUGCGCGAGCGAAUCUCUCAGUUAGAAGCAGAGCUGGAAAGAAUGAGAAAGGGAAAGCAAAUCGCGGACUAGCCUAAUAAAACCCCCCACGGUUAUCUUUU